UUGCUUCAGCGACGGCGGCUUGACGGGAAGGUGGUUUUGGUCCGAAGCUUUUUAGAUCCGACGGCGAGGCACAACCCCGCAUCUCCCCCGCCGGCGACCAUCAGGGCCGGCGCCCACCGCCUCCCGUUCCCAUUCCGCCCUCGAUCCUCGCCGCCGCCCGCGCCUCUAUGACCGCCCCCGGUUCGCCGGUUUCUCCCGGUGCAAGCAAGAUGAGCAGCGUCCCGUGGAAGCGGCUGGAGCUCGCCGCGCUGUGCGCCUACGCGGUGGUGUUCUACAGCGCCAUGAUCCAGAGGUCGCUUCGCCUCGCACGCGAUUACACCGGGAAACUCUACGGCCUGAGAGCUGGAUCAAUCCCCGGCCGUCUGAACGACUCGUCUGAUGGGCAAUGGAGAAACUUCCGUGGGAACUUGCCUGUUCUCACCGUUGUCAUGGCUGCAUUUCUGAUUGUUGCGAAUGGGCUGCGAUACGGCUGUGGCUUGAAGGGCAGAGGGGCCUCGUUGGUCUGGCUUAUAUUGUCCCUGAUCUAUCUAUGCUACCUACAUGGUGCUUGUGUUGGUUUCAUUCUUGUAAUAGCAGGGAUUAAUUAUGCCAUAGUCAAGUUAUUUGCUCGAUAUAAGUACUGCACUGGCAUCAUAUGGAGCUUCAACUUAGCUAUGCUUACACUUAACCGGGUCUAUGAAGGGUAUUCAUUCUCAUUGUUCGGGCAACAACUGGCUUUUCUUGAUAACUAUCGGGGUACAUUUCGAUGGCACAUAUGCUUCAAUUUUGUUGUAUUACGGAUGAUUAGCUUUGGAUGUGAUUACUGCUGGACACUUAGUUCGUCUCACUUUGAUCACAAGAAACACAUGCAGAAAUGUGAAGUUUGUUAUUCUGGCAAGACAUGCUACUUUGCUUUGCAGGAGAAAGGACUCAGCAUUGACAAAUACACAUUCCUAACAUAUUUAUGCUACUUAACAUAUGCUCCACUCUAUAUUGCUGGACCUGUUGUAAGCUACAACGCAUUUGCAGCUCAGUUAGAUGUACCUCAGAAAAACUAUUCAGUUGGGCAGAUAUGUUGUUAUGGAGUAAGGUGGAUCCUAAAUUUCCUUCUAAUUGAAGUCAUGACACACUUUUUCCACUACAACGCGUUUGUAGUCAGCCGAUUAUGGCGGCAGUUGACACCGUUUGAGAUCUUCAUCAUUAGUUAUGGGGUGUUGAUCUUUAUGUGGUUAAAAUUCUUCCUUAUUUGGCGCUACUUCAGGUUCUGGUCACUGGUAGGAGGAGUUGAGACACCUGAAAACAUGCCUAGGUGCAUAAAUAAUUGUCCUGACCUGGAGAGUUUCUGGAAAAGUUGGCAUGCUUCCUUUAACAAAUGGCUGGUCAGGUACGUUUACAUACCUCUUGGUGGGUCUCGAAGAAAACUACUUAGUAUCUGGGUUGUAUUCACAUUCGUAGCAGCCUGGCAUGACCUGGAAUGGAAACUUAUUUCAUGGGCAUGGUUAACAUGCUUAUGUUUUGUCCCUGAAAUAGUGAUCAAGUCUUUUUCCAACUUCCAGGCAAAAAGUACCCUUGGGCGGUUCAUUCGUCGUGAAUUAUGUGCAAUUGCUGGUGCUGUGACAGUCAGCUCCCUUAUGGUGGCAAACCUUGUUGGCUACGUUGUAGGGCCGUCAGGCAUUAAGGUUCUGAUGUCGCGGAUGCUCCACAAGGAUGCUCUUCCUGGCCUUGGCAUCAUAUUCGCUACUUUCUAUGUGGCCGUCAAGCUUAUCUUUCAUGUACGGGACGCUAGAAAGACUUAACGGGUGACAAGAACAACUAUGCGGGUUUGUCUGUGAACUCGGUGACGUUGCAGGCAUCGUGAUAACAUAACAGGCUUCCACCACUGCUUUGUUGGCUUUGUUUGACACAAGCAAAAAAGCUCAUGUAGGCAUUGACCCUGGGAUUCCUUCGCUGUAGGUUGGGGCCUAUUAGGCCUGCUGGUGUUCUAUCCCUGCGUAUGAUCUUUUGAAUUUGGUUGGCCUGGGGUGACAUCACGGAACGUAUGCUUGUAACGACGAUUCCCGUUUUGUUGCUUCAAUGCCUGCGACCGGCAACUCGUCGUUUUUCGCUACUGUUUAUAUUCGCGCUAAUUCAGCGGAGUUACUUGGCUGAACUGAAACGGUGGGGUUAUUCUACUGUAUUCGACUGUUGGACUGAUGAACUCAACCCUUUUGGGAAAUAGUAGUAAUCUCCGUAGUGCCUA